AUGGAACAUCUACCACAUAAUAUCAUUAGACUGAUAUUGGAUGUGUUGUAUACUGUCAAUAACGAUGACAAGGAAGUUCUUGACUCGUUGAUGUUGUGUCUGACUUGCAAGACAUUGUAUAAACUUCUAAGUCCAAGGAUACAAUCACUACAUAGUCUCUGGCAUAAUGUGAACUCAACCAGACGAUCAACAUCAUCCUCAUCAUCAUCAACAUCAUCAUCACAACAGUUGUUGCCUUUGAGCAAGUCUUUGACAUUUGGUGACACUUUCAAUGAUCAACUAAAGACUGGUGACAUACCUGAUGGUGUUGUUGAAAGGGUUGUCUUUGGUGAUAUGUUCAACACGAUACCCAUGCCUGGCGCACUGCCUCAGACCAUCACCUCAUUGACAUUGGGCAACAGCUUCAAUCAAAAGAUGAAUCAGUCGAUUAUCAAGCGUGUUCUCAGGUCGAAGGGUCGAAGGUCAGAUGGUACCACCACCAGCAGCAGCAGCUACAGAGGUUGGCUGCCAACAUCAUUGAGAUCACUCACAUUUGGUGAUGGAUUCAACAAGAAGAUCAAGGCUGGCUCAUUGCCACAAUCAAUCACAUCGAUUACAUUUGGCAAGCUAUUCGAUCGUCCGCUCCUCCCAGGCACACUUCCUGCCUCCCUCAUAACUCUGAUCUUUGGACGAUCAUUCAAUCAAACACUUCCACCUUCAGUGUUGCCAGCUGGUAUCACAACUCUAAUCUUUGGCGAUUGGUUCAAUCAAAUGAUUGACCAAGUGGCAACACUUCAUUCACUUACCAAGCUCAACUUUGGAUCAUCGUUCAGCAGACCCAUCUUCCGAGACACGCUACCACCAUCGCUCUUGGAGCUCAAGUUUGGUCUAAGCUUCAAUCAGUCGAUCGACUCCAUUAGCGCUCUCCCAUCACUCACAACACUACUCUUUAAUGGAUCAUGUAAUUUCAAACAGCCCAUCACCAUUGGAUCGCUACCACAAUCACUCACAAUGAUGACCUACGCCAACUCUACACUGGGGCCAGGUGUGCUGCCCUCAUCAAUGCGGUCGCUUGUGUUGUACUCUGUGGACCACCAUCUUGAACCUGGCGCACUACCAACAUCACUCACCAAGCUCGUCCUAUCCACGACACACGUGCCUCGAUCACUACAUCUGUGCCUGCAUAUUGUCAAACUUACAAUGGGAUACUCAUUCGAUCAGGAUAUAGUGGCAGGGUCUUUGCCAAAGGCCUUGACCUCACUUACAUUUGGCUAUUACUUCAACUCAAACAUACAUCUCAACGCGUUGCCCGUUACCCUUCACAAGUUGACCUUUGGUUAUCAUUUUGAUCGACUAUUGCACACUGAUGUGCUGCCAAAGUCGCUUCGCGUGCUCAGGUUUGGUGAUCACUUUGACAAACCGCUGGCGGGAUCGCUGCCACCAUCACUUACCCAUCUCGCUCUUGGACGUUCGUUCGACACACCAAUCGAUGGCAAUGAUGUACUUCCACCAUCAAUCCAACAUCUUGAUCUAGGCUAUAGCUUCUCGCACUGUCAAUCAAUUCAAUAUCCCGCCAAUCUGUUGUCUAUUGUACUUCCAUCCUAUGAUGAUUUCAAUGCAGCCAGUUUCCAAAUGCAAAUGGAGAGCAUCACCACAGACAGUGUCAAUCAAUCAAUCGGGAAUGUAAAGAUACAUUAUGCUGUUGAUGUGGAUCAACUGCAACUUCCAUCAACAAACAAACUCAGAUCAUUGAAUGUGGCAGUAUCCUCCACGUAUAAGACAGUGAUGAAUGAUGAUUGUUUGGCUGGAACAUUUAUCAAGAGUCUAUUCGUUGCCAAGCCAAAUGUGGAGACCUUUAUAAUUCGACUCUAUGGCAAGGAGACCUUGACCAUGUACCAAGUUAGAAAGAUUGAUGCCACUGCAGCACUCAUCAGAUCGACCAAGGUGUUGGCGCCAUCUCAUCGAAUCCGGAUACUCACGUUAAAAUAA